CCUAUUUCUCUGACUCCCCCCCCCCUCAUCUCACCUCACCUCGAGAGCUGUGUAACCUCAAGUAGACAAGGGGGCACAAAGCAUCCAGGGAACUUGAACAGCCAUGGACUGCUGUCUGUCCCCUGAGGACGAAGAGAGACUCAGGAUGCACAAUGAAAUAGAAAGACAACUAGCCCGUGAUAAAAAAUCUUCGCACAUGGAGCUGAAGCUGCUGCUUCUGGGGACUGGUGAGAGCGGGAAGAGCACUUUCAUCAAACAGAUGAGGAUCAUCAAUGGCAGCAAAUACAGUGAAGCUGAAAAAAUGAAUUUUGCUCGGCUUGUGUUCCAUAACAUACUCACAGCCAUCCAGGCACUGAUCCAAGCCAUGGAGACUCUACACCUUGACUAUGUUGAUGAAAAAAAUCAUAUCCAGGCAGAGAAGUUGAGUAAAGUGGAAACAACAAUUGUGUCCACUCUGCUGCCGUGGCAGGUAGAUGCCAUAAGGGAGGUGUGGAAUGACCACGGUGUCCAAAGGUGUUAUGGUCGCAGGAGAGAAUUCCAGCUAUCAGACUCUGCCAAAUAUUUCCUGAAUGACUUGGACAGAAUUGCAUCUUCCUCUUACGUUCCAACCCUGCAGGACAUCCUAAGGGUUAGAGUCCCGACCACAGGGAUAACUGAGUACCCUUUUGUUAUUGACAAAUGUACCUUAAGGAUGGUGGAUGUAGGGGGUCAGCGCACAGAGAGGAAGAAAUGGAUCCAUUGUUUUGAAAAUAUCACUUCCAUAAUUUUCCUGGCAGCCAUCAGUGAAUAUGACCAAGUUCUUUAUGAGAAUGCCAAUGUAAAUCGACUGAGAGAAAGCCUUGCUUUGUUCAAAACCAUUCUUUCCUACCAUUGGUUUGAUGAGACCUCCACCAUUCUGUUCCUCAACAAAAUAGACCUGCUAGAGGAGAAGAUCACACAGUCUGAUCUGGCAACCUACUUCCCCAACUACAAUGGACCUCGAUGUGAUGCUAAAUCUGCGAAGAAAUUUAUCCUGAAAAUGUACGUGGAGCAACACGCUGGUCACGACCAGCCCAUGUACACGCACUACACCUGUGCCACGGACACCGAGAACAUCAAAGUAGUUUUUAAAGCCGUCAAGGAUACGCUUUUUAGACGUUACAUUGAAAAGUAUGGUCUCGUGUAAGUUACAUUGCAUUUCUUUUUAACUUAAGUAAACGUUUUAACGAGAAACACGUAGUUUUCUGUUGUUUGUUGUGAAAGUUGUCGAUAUAGUCGCUGCAGCAGAGCAACUUUUUGAUGGGAGUUAUUGUUUGUGUUUACCGUUGCAUAUUAAAGCCCUUUCUCACACUUAUCUUUGACAAACUGGUAAACAGGUUGGACCGAGUCUUUUCUUACAAGAAUUCAAACUCUCUCGUCUUACAGCUUUGGCACGAGUAGGUAAGGAAUAGUCUCAUUAGUUGUACCUUAGAUUUUAUUUGACUAACUAUGUUAUUUGUGUAGCAACAAUAAGAACCCACGUACCCUGUAAAGUAGUAUGUUUCUUGCCAAUUUACCUAAUUGCAUACAUUAAAAAGAAAUGUAUUUGUCUACAAAUUAAUGCAUUUAUGUCUUUAUUAUCUGACCCGUGUCUGAGGGAAAUAUUUUGUUGUUAAUCUCUGUUCAUCUUCAUACCUAGCAUUGCUGAGCACACAUUUUUUUCCUUUAAAAAUAUAUUUAUACAAAGAAGGAUAAAAAUAAUACAACCGUUUUUGAAUAUGGUGUUCAGAUGCAUCACUCUGUUUCGCAAAAAGGUUCUGAGCCCCUAGAAUGAGUCUUUCCACGUAUCUUUUCCUACUCUUUCUACAGUGAGCACUGAUAAUUGUUUUUCUCAUGUCUGAAGCUUGUUUGUUUUCUCAAACACAUUUGCACAUGCUCAUAUCCUUGUUGGUUCAUAUACGGUAUUGAGAGUUUUUUUUUCCAUGUUCAAAGAUUUUUCUAACAUGUUUGCAACACAUGGUCCACGGCCCCUCAGAAGUACUGAGGGAGUGCAGUAGGGUCAGGUUCUGAUUUUAAAA